AGGUCGCUUUGUUGUAGAAAGGAGGAAGGUUUAUUCAUUUUUGCAGCACUCUCCAACUUUCUUCUUUGCUUUCUAUAACUUACUGGGCACAUAUAUAGAAAUAGAUAGAUAGUCUUUGCUUUCAAAGUUUACACUUUGCUUCGCGAUUAAUCCACGCUCCUAGCUCUUCUAAAUACCCUUUCUUUCUUUUGCAACCAUAUAAUACCCCGAAACCGUUCUCUUUUACAUCGGUAUCGUUGUCGCAGAUGGAGCUAGCUUUGAGCUUAGGCGACACACCCAAGCCCUUCUCUUUGCCCGCAAAAAAUGAUUCUGUGAGUUUCAAAAUAGCACUGGGUGACGACAAAAGGGUUUCUUCAGAUCCACCCGUUCAGCUCGACCUUCUUCCUUCAACACCAGUUCUUCCUUCUUCACGCCUUCGAAUUCCAUGGCUCUCCGAUGCACUGGGUAUGGAACGUGUGACAUCAGAGAUUCCGGUGAGGGCGGUGGAUGACACUGACGAUGGUGCUGCACUUUCAUCCCCCAACAGUGCAGUGUCAUCUUUUCAGAUGGAUUUUUGUUUCAGGAACAGUAGAAAGUCUUGUGAGGGUGCCAGCGACGAGGACGACGAAAAUGGCUCAACAAGGAAGAAACUUAGACUCUCCAAACAACAAUCAGUUUUCCUCGAAGAGAGCUUCAAAGAACACACCACUCUCAAUCCCAAGCAAAAACUUGCGCUUGCAAAACAGUUAAAUCUCCGUCCACGUCAAGUGGAAGUUUGGUUUCAGAACAGAAGGGCAAGGACAAAGUUGAAGCAGACAGAGGUGGAUUGUGAGUACUUAAAGAGAUGUUGCGAGAGUCUGACAGAAGAGAAUAGGAGGUUGCAGAAGGAACUGCAAGAACUGAGGGCUUUGAAAACAUGUCAGCCAUUUUUCAUGCAGCUUCCAGCUACCACUCUCACCAUGUGUCCCUCCUGUGAACGCGUCGCCACCAACACCACCACCACCGGCGCCGCCGCCGCAGCUGCCACAACCAACAAUUAUAAUAAUGUCGCUUCUGCCCCCAUGGCCACCAACAAUAAUAGCGUUUCUCAAAUCUCUGCCGUGUUGUCUGUUGAUCGACAAGCCCGUAAUAUUGCCCUGACCUAACGGUCAAGCCCACCCGCAGCAGGCCCAGAUGGCCCAUCAGAUUGCUUUAUGAUCUGAUUGACCUUUUUUUUGUCGUUUAGGUAUGAUAAUAAUAAUAAUGUAUAUCGAAGAGGACAAAAAAAACAUUCAACUUCAUGUCGAUUUUCGAUUUCUAUAAAUACAGUAGUCUCAUUUUCAGCUUUUCUUAAA